UCAGCUACGCCAUCUCCUCUGAAAUCAGGCGGGUUCGUUGACAAGCUGCUGUUGCUGUUUUGUAGUGUCAGCUGGGCGUGUUUAUUUUAUGAUUUUGUUAAUGCUAAAUUCAGUUAUAAGCUUUUGAACUAAUUAUUUAAAUAAUUGUGAUUAUAAUACAAUAACCUGAUAAAUGUGCCAAUAGAAAAAGUACAAAACAUCGUUUUUUCAUAAAACAACCAGACAUUAAGUUACUUGCAGCAGCAUGGCUGUUUUGCCGCCUGAUCCAGUUUUUAGCCUACGUUGCCCUGAAAUGGGUCAAGUGAACUCGAUUUGUUUCCACCAUUGUGAUCGCUUGCUAGCCGGCACGGUUAAGGGCAGUGUGUUCUUAUGGGAUUUGCAGACAAAUCGAUCAUCAUUGCAUUUUGAAGUUGGCCAGCAGCCUAUCACGAGCCUUCAUCAUACCGACGACACCUUGAUAACACAGGAGAAAGGUGGUACAGUCACUUUGUGGUCUAUGUCGAAUAGUGGUUACAUCCGUCAACGCACAAUCGACGGUGAUUUUGCGGCAUUCUGUCACACUUCAUUGUACACGCCACCAGAGGGCGGCGGUGAGCCACUGCUCUUUUAUCCAUGUGACGAAAAUUCAAUUGGCGUUUUGCAUGUAAAUUAUGAUGCCACUGCACUACCCCAAAUGCUUGUGCCAGACGAUUCACAAUUGCCAAAGUUGGGCAGCGUGUCGUGUCUAAGACCCUUCGAAUGCGCUUCACAACUAUUUGUACUCGCAGGUUACGAGUCUGGGCACUUUCUAACCUGGGAUUUAAGUUCUGGCGUUAUUAUCGAUUUACUGCAAUUGGAUCCCGAACCUAUGGCAGUGGACUAUGACCCUUUAACCAAUCGCGGCAUUGUUGGAGGACCAACCGAGAAACUCACUACCAUUACAUACCAACGUCAAUCGAUGCAAUUGCAACGAGCAAACGAUAUCAUUAUAAAAAACUCUGGCAUCAACUGUAUACGCAUACGCGAUGACCAAAAAGUAUUCGCUACGGGCGGUUGGGAUGGCCGCGUGCGCAUUUUUUCGUGGAAAAGUCUGCGUCCACUAGCAGUAUUGACUGAACAUAAGACUGCCUCGGGUGGUGGCAUCAUGGACAUUGCUUACUCGGAGGAUAAGGUGUCAAUGUGGAAAGCUCGCAUUAUGGCUGCCGCAGGAACAGAUGGCCAGAUUACACUUUGGGAUUUAUACAACUGAUUAGGAUACUCUUGUACAGUUGAAACAGAUAUCAACCAUUUUAUAUUGUGAUUGCCCAGCUAUUCCUUCAGCCCAAAUGAAGAACAUAAGCAAACAUAUUAUUUUAGUGGCAAUAAUCCACUGUUUCGAAAAUAUAAAUUUCGCAGAUUUUUUCUAAAAAAAAAAAAAAAAAAAAUAGAACUAAAAUAGCUAUAAACGAAAUAAAAUAUUCCAAUUAUUUGAUAUUGGUCCAAAGA